CAUAUAUUUCAAGCAAAUAAAUAAAACCCCGAUUCGGGAUGGGAAAAAAGUUGGACCGCAACUUUAUUUUUGAUCCUAGUAUUAUCCUAGUAAGGAAAUCCAGAAUUACAAUACUAAUUCUGGUUGGAACUAAAAAAUGUGUCGUUUACUAUUUAUGUUAUGGUGAUCAAUUAUGGGCCGAGAUUAUCCCGCUUUUCCAUCUUUCAUUCUCAUUUAGUUCUUUUAUUGUAACGGUUUUGUCAUUAAAAUGUUUCAAAUAAUUAUAUUAGCUUUUUUAGCUUAUUUAGUUUGGAGAAUCCUUAGAUUUUUUAAGAAUUUAAAAGUACCUGAGGGAAUUAAAAAUAUACCAACAUUCAGUUAUUUAGAUCUUCUUUUUCAUAUAUUCACUAAAGGUGGACCAGAUAAGCGUUGGGAAUAUACACGUCGUGCUUUAGAAAAAGAUGGGAUUGGAAGGUUUUGGUUCAAUAAAGAAUGGGUUCUCUUGGUAACAGAUUUAGAUUUGGCUAAAGAUAUAGUUACUAAAUCAGAUUUGUAUGCUAAGGCUACGUUAGAAGAAUCAUUUCCUGGAUCUUUAUUGAGUAAAUUUUAUGGUACAAAUGUAGUAAUGUCUAACGGUGAUGUUUGGAGACGUCAUCGUCGUAUUGCAAAUCCUGCUUUUAAAAAUUUACCAAAACAUGUGUUUGUUGAAUCUACUUUAAAGUUAUUGACCGUUAUGGAAAAGUUUGAUAAUCAACCUAUAGAGGUCAAAAAUCUCAUGCAUAGAUUAACUUUGGAUGUUCUUGGAAAAGCCGCCUUUGGUUUCGAUUUUAAUAAUCUUGAGGAUCCAGAAAACGUUUAUGUUACUGCUUAUAACGAAGUGAUUGAAGAAUUGAGCAAACCAUUAUAUUUACUUUUACCAUUUCUUAAUUAUUUUCCACGUUUUGAAGCACGUAAAAAAUUAGCAAAACUUAAUAAUUUAUAUGAUGGAAUAGUUGAGAACAAACGUAAAUCGAUGCAAUUAGGAGAGUUGGAUGAAAAGAUAAAUAAUAAUUCCGCAGAUUUGUUAGAGUAUAUGAUAAAUGCUUGCAAUGAUCCAGAAAAUCAAACUUUGACAAACGAAGAAUUAAGAUAUAAUAUUGCAAUUUUUAUGUUGGCUGGUCACGAUACUACCGCGAACGCUUUAACAACUAUUUUAUAUCUUUUGGCCGUUCAUAAGGAUGCACAAAGUAAAGUUCGUGAAGAAAUAUUACGUGUUCUUGGUGAUGAUUUAACACCAAGUAUGGAACAACAAAAAGAAUUAAAAUAUAUGAAUAUGGUCAUAAAUGAAAAUUUAAGAUUAUAUCCUCCAAUCGCACAAUUACCUCGAAGAUAUCCUAUACAUGAUGUUAGAUUUCGUGAUUAUGUAAUUCCAGCAAAAACCCCUAUGAUAUUAUUCAUUUAUGGAGUUCAUCACUCAUCAAAGAAUUGGGAAGAUCCUGAAAAAUUUAUUCCUGAAAGAUUUGAGAAUGAAAGACAUAAUAAUUAUUCCUGGUUAAGUUUUGGUGGUGGUAACAGAUCAUGUUUAGGAACUAAUUUCUCGCUUAUUGAACAAAGAAUAAUUUUAUGCGCUUUAUUAAGAAAAUAUGAAGUGUCAUUACCAGCAGAUAGUAUUCAUAAGAAAAAAUUACAAAUUGAUCAUGCCAAUAGUGGGACCAUGGGACCACAUCCAAUACCAUUAAUUUUUAAAAGAAGAACAGAAUAGUAUUUUAUUUAAUGAUCAUUUGUUUAGGUUUUGUAAUAUUUUUUUGUAAAAAAAAAAGAUCUAAAUUAUAUAAUAAAUCGAUUUUUGUACAAAGUUA